CGGAUGGAAUGUCCACAUCACUGGGAUCUCCGGGAAAGGAGAGGUGAAAGAGUAGAGACAAUUUAUUCUCUGAGGAUUUUAAAGGACAGAGGCCAACAGCACAGCACAGACACAUGCUCCUGAUUGUAAAGGAAAGAGAAUACCAGGAAAUAAAGGAAAAGAAAAAUGAAAGAGAAGUAUUAGCUCUAAAAGAGGAGCUGACCACGCUGAAGGCUUUUGCGCUGCUGGUUGUAAAGGAGCAACAGUGUCUGAAUGAGUUGCUGGAGGAACAGAGGCGAUGUGUCAAAGAACUGACUGCCAUCACUGACCACAUCAAGCUGCACAUCAGUCCUGCUGACUCCAGUGCAAAGAAGGAGGAGCUCAAAUCCCUGUAUCUGGAGCACCACAACCAAGUUUCCAUCUUCAACCAAAGCCAGAACACCAUGACAGCCCCAAGUCUGCUGUCAGAGGUGGAGGUGCUGAGGAGAAGGGUAGUGGAAAUGGAAGGGAAGGACGAAGAGCUGAUACGCAUAGGGGACCAGUGUCGAGAGCUGGACCGCAGACUAGCGAGGGAGAUCAGCCACUGCCGUAGCCUGAAGGUCGAGGUGGAUAACCUCAGUGGCAGAAUCAGUGAAUUGGACAGGAUAGAGGAGGCUUUGGUUAAGAGCAAACGGGACUGUAGUAUUCUUAAGGGCAGCUUGGAACGAGAGAGAGAGGUUAGUAAGAUGCUGUCGGGUGAGCUCGACACUUUGAAAGUCAGGGUGAGAGAGCUAGAGGCUACUGAAGGCCAAAUAGAAAAGAGUGAAGCGAUGAUUAGACAGGAUCUGGCCAAGCUCAGGUCACUGACUGUAGCUUUGGUGGAGGACAGAAAGACCAUGACUGAGAGCCUACGAGAAGCUGAGGAAAAACUUAACAGGAAGGAGGGCAAAAGAAAUGAGCAAAGCAAUUCGGCAACAAUGACAGAAAGACAGAGAGAAGAGAGGCACCAGCCACGAAGGUCUCAUGCAGAUUUAGAGGAAAGGCUUAUGGGCAUAGCGAAGGAAAAAGAUGAGCUCCAAGACAGACUAAAAACAGAGGAGGGGAGGAACAGAGAGCUACAGAAUAAAUUAACCGUAAUGAAGAAAAAGUUACAAGUCUUGGAAAAUAGGAAAGAAAAAGAGGAGAAGUACACACACAGCUCUAUUCCAAACAACACCAACCAUCACUGCCCAACAGAGGACAACAAAGUCAAAGAACUGAACCAGGAGCUAGACAGGCUGCGAAAGAGACUCCUGGACAAGGUGGUAUUGGAAGGUGAACUGUUGAAGGUGGAAGAGGACUUUGACUCCCUGGAAAAGAGGCUGAAGGAUGAACAGAGGAGGUCCUGGGCUCUAACAGAGGAACUAAAGGUGGCAAAGAGGGAGCUUUCCAGGUACGAGCAGGCAGAGAAGCAGGAGGUCAACCAGGAACACCUUCUCCUUUGCCGUCUUCAGAAGGAGCAGGUUAAGUCCAGACUCUUAGCCCGAGAAGUAGAUACCCUGAAGGAGAAACUUGUGAAGCUGAUGGGGACUGAAGAGUCCAUCUGCAGGGUGCAGACAGAUCAUUCCUCACUGCAGAGGAAACUGACCCAACAAGAAGCCAGGAACAGAGAGCUGGCAAGAGAGAUGAAGGAACUGAGUAGUGAGUUAGACAGACAAAAACGAAUCAAGAAUCUAACACCUGGGUCUAACAUACAACACUUUUCAGACCUUCAUCAGACCAGCAAAGAGGUACAGACUGAGCCAACAGACAGCCUGCCACCUGACCACAGUGAGCACAGCGAGAAACUAUAUGAAGAAAAUGAUGACAAGGACCCAAACCACAAUGCACAUGUCAUAAACAGAAGAAGCUCUCUUGUCAACAACCUUAAUAGCUUUAAUACAGCAAAUAACAACAUAAGUCAAUACAGCAGCCCUUCAGACAAUGGCAUAGAUAUUAACCAAACAGGUAAUGGAGAGGUGAUGAUGUUGACACACACCCCAGGGCAGCCCCUGCACAUCAAGGUAACACCACAUCAUAUACAUAACACAGCCACACUCGAGAUUAGCAGCCCCACUGGAGAGACAGCCACAUCCUACACGAGCACAGCUGUCAUCCCAAAAAGCGGAGCCUCACCCAAGCAGAGAAUUACCAUUAUCCAGAACUCAGCUCUGCCUGCAGUUAAUACUAAGACACCCCCUUCAAGCCCUGACCGCACCAUCUCCCCGCUUCAUGGCACAAGCAUUACUCGGGUGUUAAGUCCAAAUUCAUCACGCUCUGCAACACCCGACCACAACAACUCCCCCAUUCAGAUUGUAACAGUCAGGACCUGUUCUCCAGAACCAACAGAAGCUGCAAAUCAGGCUGUCUUCUGCAAGACUCCAGAAUGGAAGAACAGCUGGCAACAUCAGAAGUCCAACAGUACCGACACAAGCCCCAGUAUCAUCACCACAGAGGAUAACAAGAUCCAUAUCCAUCUGGGGAGCCCGUAUGUCCAGUCUCUGAAUGGUAUGACCCACAGCCUCCCACAGCCUGUUGGACCAUACUAUCUUCGACAUGAGCAAAGGACUCAAAUACUUGCCAAUGGCUGUCAUGUCAAGGGUGCUGGCAAGAUUACAAGUAGCAUCACUAUAUCCCCUGCUACCUCUCCAGCCUCACAUUCCUCAAAUAUUACAAUUCCUCUGGGGACGCUGCAGAAGCCUGGUCCAACAAGGAUUCCAAAGACCAAAGGACACAGAGGAAGCAGCGUAGCUCUCAAUACAGGACAGCAAAACAGAAAUCCUCCCACAGUGCAUAAAGGGAAAACACUGACCUGAGAACGACCAACAUGCCUGCGACUACAUAAUGUUUAGUACUGCAGCUAGAUGUUACAAAAUAGAAAUGAAUUCAUGAUGAAAA